CACUUUUUUCUGUCUAACAGUAAACCCGAGUUGUCAUCCGAUUAUAUAAAUAGAUGUGAAAAGAGUUGUGAUUCACACGAAUUGCUACCGAAAAACGUGUUGUCAUUCAAACCAUUUUAACAUACAUUCAAUACCUUUGAUAUUAUACUUGAAAUUCUCACAAAAUUCAAUCUAUUUUAUAUUAAAUAUAUUUUUUUAUUUAAUAUCAUUAAAUAAUUUUACUGCCAAUUCUAUUGUCAUAAAUAUUGUAACUUUUGUCCAUUACUUUGAUUCCAAGCGUAUAUUUAUUAUCCAUUUAUUUUCGUCGAUAUAUUUAAAUCGAUUUCGAGUUCAAUUCAAUCAUUUGAAUCAAUUGAGUGUCAAUUAUGUCGAGAAUUGUGAUCCAAAGCCCUGAUGUCCGCUAUUAUGACGAUAUGAUUGAAUCUGAUUAUGAAUACUCGAGCGUCAAGUGUAAGAGGGAUGAGAGAACCGGUACUAUUAAAGUUUAUCCCAUGAAAACGGUGGUGACAUUCAGAACGGAACGCAAAGUUCCCAAAACUGGGGUAAUGCUCGUGGGAUGGGGAGGAAACAACGGGUCGACAGUGACCGGUGCCAUACUGGCCAACACACACGCCAUGCACUGGACCACUAAGGAGGGCACUGUACGGGCCAACUACUUCGGCAGUAUUACCCAGUCGUCGACUGUGCUCUUGGGAACAGACCCUUCCGGCAAAGAUGUAUACAUUCCGAUGAAAGACAUGAUUCCAAUGGUUAAUCCCAACGAUUUGGUGGUCGAUGGCUGGGAUAUAUCGGGCGUCAGUAUUGCUGAGGCUAUGAAGAGGGCUAAAGUGUUGGACUAUAACCUGCAAACACAACUCAUACCACUUAUGCAAGACAUGAGACCACGAAAAGCAAUAUUUGACUCCGACUUCAUUGCCGCCAAUCAGAGCCAGAGAGCGGAUAAUGUGAUUGAGAGUCGAGACAAAUGGACACAAAUCAGUCUCAUUCGUGAGGACAUCCGAGACUUCAAAGCGAAGCACUCGUUGGACUCAGUGGUAGUGCUGUGGACCGCAAACACCGAGAGAUUUAUGGAUGUAAUGGAUGGCAUUCAUGACAGCGCCGACAGUCUCAUGAAUGCCAUCAAACGCAAUGAGGCAGAGCUCGCGCCGUCCCUAUUAUAUGCCGUCGCAGCCAUCCUCGAAAAAUGCACGUAUAUCAAUGGGUCGCCACAAAACACUUUUGUUGCCGGACUCGUGGAGUUGGCUGAAAGGGAGGGCGUAUUCAUAGCUGGAGAUGACUUCAAGUCGGGUCAAACAAAGUUCAAAUCAGUUUUAGUGGACUUUCUGGUAAGCGCCGGCAUCAAGCCCUGCUCUAUUGUGUCGUACAAUCAUUUGGGUAAUAAUGACGGCUAUAACCUGUCGGCGCCCAAACAAUUCAGAAGCAAAGAGAUCUCUAAAUCUAAUGUUGUCGACGAUAUGGUGGCGUCCAAUCAGAUACUCUAUGGGGAGGGCAUUGAAAAGCCGGACCACUGUGUGGUGAUUAAGUACGUGCCAUAUGUGGCCGACUCUAAGCGGGCAAUGGAUGAGUACGUAAGUGAACUAAUGUUAGGCGGGAGGAACACCAUCGUUGUCCACAACACUUGCGAGGACUCACUGCUGGCAUCGCCUAUAAUCCUGGAUCUGGUCAUUCUGGCCGAACUCUGCCAGAGAGUCACCUUUCAGAUCCACAACUGUGUCUCGUCGUCCACCGGAUUCCAGUCAUUCAAUUCAGUGCUGUCUUUGUUGAGCUAUCUGUGCAAAGCCCCUCUCGUGGAAAGGGGCGGACGAGUAGUGAACGCUCUGUUCAAACAGCGGGCGGCCAUUGAGAACGUAUUGAGAGCUUUACUAUCGUUACCACCGGUUAAUCACAUGGACCUCGAGUUCAAAUGCUCUGAUCGCUCGCAAUGGCACGAAGAGCUCAGACAUCCCAUUACUACCGAGAAAAAGCUGGAGAAAACACAGCCAAUUGCUCCCAUCUCUAAUGGCAUCACUGGUGGACACUAA